UAGGGGUCGGGCUUGAAGCCAUAGCUGCGGGACGGUACUCGUCUCCCCCGACGCAGACCAUGGAGAGCGCGCUGGCGGUGCCCCCGCUGCCCCCGCAUGAUCCAGGAACGCCGGUGCUGUCGGUGGUGGACAUGCACACGGGCGGCGAGCCCUUGCGUAUCGUGCUGGCGGGGUGUCCGGAGGUGUCUGGGCCCACCCUGCUGGCCAAGCGGCGCUACAUGCGCCAGCACCUUGACCACGUGCGGCGACGGCUCAUGUUCGAGCCCCGAGGGCACCGGGACAUGUACGGGGCGGUCCUAGUCCCGAGCGAGCUGCCGGACGCGCAUCUCGGCGUCCUGUUCCUGCACAACGAGGGCUACAGCUCCAUGUGCGGCCACGCAGUGCUGGCGCUGGGCCGCUUCGCUUUGGACUUCGGGCUUGUGCCGGCGCCCGCUGCGGGCACCCGCGAGGCCCGCGUCAACAUCCACUGCCCCUGCGGGCUGGUGACCGCCUUCGUGGCAUGCGAGGACGGCCGCAGCCACGGACCGGUGCGCUUCCACAGCGUCCCGGCCUUCGUGCUGGCCACAGAUCUCAUGGUGGAUGUUCCUGGACAUGGAAAGGUGAUGGUGGACAUUGCAUAUGGCGGUGCAUUUUAUGCAUUUGUUACUGCUGAAAAGUUAGGACUAGACAUUUGUUCUGCAAAGACCAGGGACCUUGUGGAUGCAGCGAGUGCAGUGACAGAGGCAGUGAAAGCUCAGUUUAAAAUUAAUCAUCCUGAUAGCGAAGACCUUGCCUUUUUAUAUGGAACUAUAUUAACAGAUGGAAAAGAUGCUUAUACCAAGGAACCAACCACCAACAUUUGUGUUUUUGCAGAUGAACAGGUUGACAGAAGUCCCACUGGCUCAGGAGUGACAGCCCGAAUUGCCUUACAGUAUCACAAAGGGCUUCUGGAACUGAACCAGACGAGAGCCUUCAAAAGCAGUGCAACUGGCUCAGUAUUCACAGGGAAAGCUGUGAGGGAAGCGAAAUGUGGUGAUUUUAAAGCUGUUAUAGUGGAAGUAUCAGGACAAGCCCAUUACACGGGUACAGCAAGCUUUAUAGUAGAAGAUGACGACCCACUGAGAGAUGGAUUUCUUCUCAAGUGACUUCUUCCAUGAUUUCAAGGGCUUUCUUUUUAAAGUAAUCAUUAUCCUUAAGGACUGUUUUCUCUAAAUUAUAUGAAAACAAAUAAAUUAUACAUAUAAACUAA